AUGAGGGAAGUCGAACGCACAUAUACUGGGGAGCUACAAAGAUUUAAGGAAGAAGAAGAGUGGUUCGACAGGAAUGCUUCCUGUCAUGUGUCAAACAAGGAAGGACUUAGACGGAGUCUUGUUAUUGAAGAAGUGUAUAAAAUGAGGCAAAGCUUACCAAAGCUGCAGUGUAGAUCAGCCACAGUCAAGAAGAUAACAACAACAAGAAGAGAACCAAGAAGAAACCGAAGCAAGGAAGACAACAUGUUACAGCAACCAACCCUCAUUAGAGAUCAUCUGGCCUUCAUUUUGCUGCUGCUUUGUGCCUCAACAACCUUAAUAUCAGCUACAGAUUCCACCGCUAAGAAAGUUGUUGAUUAUGACGUCCAAUUCAAAGAGUCUGGAACUCAGUACACCGAGAAAAUUAAGGUGGACACAGACAAGCAAACUGAAUUGUUUAAAGUUCCUGCUCAUAAUGACGUGGAUGGAAGUAAUAUAUUACACGACUUCAAAGCGAAUAUGAGUAUGCUGAUGUUACCAGACAAAAAGAUCUGCUAUCUUCUUCCUCUUUCCCGCGAGUUGCCUUCGCCAAAGAGGCUCGAAAAUGACCUUGACCACGCCGAGAAAAACUCUAGUGACGAGACCACUACCAUUGACAGCAAGUGGGCUGUGGACAGUGAGAUAACAAAUCGAUCCAGUCUGAGCGAAGAGUUAAAAAACUUCUGUCCAGACUACCCGAUAUAUCGAGUCCACACCAUGGAGAACGCAUCUGCAUCCGAAGAGACUGAAACAGAUGGAGCAAAACCUCGAAGUCGUCGAUGGGUGUACUCGCCAAUUUACACCUACAGAGUGUGUCCAGGUGGAAAAGGCUAUUUGAGCUACUCCGACAGGUCUUGUUGCAGUAGGGUUGGUGGAUACUGGCAGUUGCAUCAUAGGGUUUACUCUCAUACAUGCUAUUCUGUCCGCUAUUGUUACAGGUGGUGGUGGUUCGGGUAUACUUGCCGAACACAGCACUACGUAAACUACGUGUAUUGUUACGAAUAUAAAUGUAGGGUCUACUAAAACUCCACGAGGAAAUCUGGCUCUUUUUACGUUAAUAAACCAUUAAUUAUUAUUUUUAAUUAACCAUUGAAUUAUUAUUAUUAUUAGGAAGCCAAUGUUAGAGAUCUAGUCG